GAUUUGUCAUUACGGAAUGUCAGACAAUCAUCUUGAGUCACUUAUGUUAACACCAUGUAUCAAAUAUCCAUACACCUAAGAAUUUAGGUUAUGAAAAUUGUGUAUGAAGGCCUAUUCACAUUAAACCACAUCCCAACCGCCCUAUAGCAGAAAUACUGACACAAGACCGCAGUGGAAAGCAGCACACAGGUAACCCUUUGAUCGCCCAGAUGUUAUCCCCUUCCUGCCCAGUGCCAUUAGUACAGUGUCAGUGCUUUUUAUUAGCGCUGAUCACUGUAUUGGUGUCUCUAGGGAUGUCAGUGACACCAAGCCAGUUCCCCCCCAGUGUCAGAAUGCCCGCCGCAGGCCCGCUAUAAGUCACUGA